AUGUCACAGUUGUUAAAGUCAAGAGUUCUCCUUGGUGAGAGAGCUCUGUGCAGAUCGUUCUUCGGAACUAAGGCAUUGGCCUUAAGAUAUAAGCAGGGUAAGACAGCAGGAUUCAGUACUACUAGAAAGCAGAUGAAUCCAAAGCCAACGAGAUCAAACACAGCUGCAUCGGAUCCAUCCGUCAGCCAUAUCCAUGGAAAUCUCCAGAUGUCUUUCCCAUGCCUUGAAAAGAGUGAAAGGAAGUCCGAACGGUUGGUUGAGGAGGGCCCGGAGCCUGUUUAUUCUUCAAUCUCUGAUUUGAACGUUGAGGUUUACCACAGUUCCAAGCCGAUGUUUCUAGAUUUUGGCGGCUAUCUUCCCCAGUUCAACAUCGCGUACGAAACAUGGGGCCAACUCAAUAGUGAUCGGUCCAAUGCAGUUCUCAUACACACGGGACUUUCAGCAUCUUCCCACGCACACUCUACACGGAAAAACCCGGCAAAGGGUUGGUGGGAGGGCUUUAUUGGCCCGGGCAAGUACUUGGACACGUCAAAGUACUUUGUGAUCUGCUCGAACGUGAUUGGAGGAUGCUUUGGCUCGACGGGUCCGAUGUCGAUCGACCCAAUAACGAAAAACAGAUACGCAACCACUUUCCCAGUUGUGUCUGUCAAUGAUAUGGUGAGAGCCCAACACAGGAUGAUCAAAGAGCAGUUCGGCAUCAACAAGCUCUACUGCUCCAUCGGCGCGUCGAUGGGCGGUAUGCAGUCGCUUGCCUACGGUGCCGAGUUCAAGGAUGAGGUCGAAAAGAUCAUCAGCAUCUCUGGAUGUGCGAAAUCGCACCCUUACUCGGUUGCAAUGCGCUUCUGCCAGAGGCAGGUCCUUAUGAACGACCCGCUAUGGAAAAAGGGCAACUACUACAAUUCGAUUCCGCCUCAUACCGGUAUGAAGUUGUCGAGGGAGAUAGCCACCAUCACUUACAGGUCUGGUCCCGAGUGGGAGAAGAGAUUUGGUGUAGAGAGGGCUGACAGCUCCACCACCCCGGCACUUUGCCCAGAUCUUCUGAUUGAGACAUAUUUGGAUCAUGCAGGAGAGAAGUGGUGCUUGGACUUUGAUGCAAACUCCUUUUUAUACAUCUCGAAGGCCAUGGAUAUGUUUGAUUUGGGACGCAAGAGCACGCAAAAGUCGCUCGAGAGCAGGUCCCAGGCCCAGAGAAAGUACGGGGGUGAAAAUAUAGCAUUGAGUGACAUGGUGUACAAGCCGUCUGAAAUCUGCAAGUACGACCAGCCCAUUAAGGAAAACCGCAGAAGCAGGAGAUUUACACCAGAUGAGGCAAAGGAGGAUCUGAUCCAGGGUAUGGCACCACUGGCAGGAAAAGACACUCUUAUCAUAGGUGUCGAGUCAGAUAUUCUCUUCCCGGCUUGGCAGCAGCAGGAGAUUGUGGAUCUUUUAAGGGAGGCAUGCCGCAGAAAGGGACUACCUACGGAUAACAUCAGGCAUGUGGAGUUGAGCCAGCAGCAAAGUUACUAUGGCCACGACACAUUCUUGCUCACGUUGAACCACAUCGGUAACCCGGUGAAGGCCUUCUUGGGCUAG